CAAUUAGGUUGCUGUUCAUGUCAAGUGCUCCGGCGCGUGGAUGAAGGGCCGGGCUGGGGGUGCUGAAGGGUUGGGGCUUGCAGACGGCAGCGAUUUUGCUUCUUUUGGUUUUUACGCCGCAGAAGGGUACAAUAGUCGGAUGUAUAGAUGCCUUCAUCCCAGCGUAGAGCUCAGUAGGAAGGCGCAUGUGCUUCAUUGUGUUGCAAAGACAUGUUAAAUGCGAGCAGAUGUACAUGCUGUCCUAAGUUUUUAUCGCGCAUAUUUUUGUAUGCAAAGCAGCGGUAGCUGCAGAGGUUGUAGUUGGAAUGGGUUUUAGUUCGGUUCGGCGAGCUCACAGCUUGACGUUGGUGUUCGGGGUGCACUGAUGGAUUACAAUCUAGACGGCCAAUAAACCUCAAUGAUGUCAGCUGUAUGUGCUAUAAGCGCCGUAACUUACAGUUGUACGUCCUAAGCGUUAGUGCCGUGGGCAAGCGUCAAGAGAUAGUCGUCGUACAACUGGAUCCGUCGGAUUCUAACCCACCAACUCCGCUUGCAAAUUGCAUCAUGCGUUGAAGGUUACGUAUCCGGCCAGUAGCGAUAUGCAUCUGCUAGGUAGAUGUAGCCUUAGGAUAGCUGCCUGCCGUCUGUCUAUUGACUAGCAGUCGCCCAAUUCUUGGCGUUUGUGGGCUUAGGCUGUUCCGCAGUAUAGCGAAGGAUAUUGAAUAUUGUAGGCAAGCAAGCAUAACACCGCAGGAGUGGUCGUCGCUUACUGGGAAGGCGCAAGCAGCAGCUGGAGCAUCGCUGAACUACAGGUGUUCGGCGUCGAACAUGGCAUCAAAGUGCAUUCAACACGUCAAGCGCUUCUUGUGCGUCAAGAAGCUGACCAUCAGUGAUGGGUUCACGACAAAGUCAGUUAAGCUUCCCAGGGCUGACGCCCGGUUCUUUAUUGGAGAGCUGCGCAAUCGCCAAGCAACUUCAUUGGUCUUGUUGGACGAGGAAGGGAGCUGCUGGGAGUUAAUGUGCACUUGCACGGGCGGCCAGUACGCCCUUUCGCGAAUAGGUGCCUUCUGCGAGGCCCACGGCGCGCGGCCCGGCUGCUACUUCAUCUUCUACGCAGAUGAGGACCAUGUCGUGAGGCUGGCCGUACGGCAGCAGCUGCCGGAGGACGUGCAGGCCGCCAUCGCAGCUGCACGAGCGGCCUUGGCGGCCCGCAACAGCCCCGCCCCCGGCGCCACCCAGCCGCCCCCACCCGCCCAGACCCCAGCAGCCCCGCCAGCACCUCCGCCCGCCAACCGCCCUCCGCAGCCCCCCUUAGAGGGCGCUGUUGCGGCGGCGGCAGUUGGAGUAGCAGCAGCAGGAGCCGCCUCCGCCUCCAACCCCGCGCUGGUGUCGGGGCCCGCUCGCCCGCUGCCGCUGCAGGACCGCUCCAAUCUUCCUGCUGCGGGUCCGCCGACCGGCUCCACGGCUGCGCCGGCAAAGCCCACCGCAGCGGCUGUGUCAGCAGUAGGCGUCCAACCGGCCUGUGCCGCAGCGCCCGCUAAUGACUCAGGCGCCGUGGUGAAGCUCCCCGAGAAGCCCCAGCAAGAGCAGAAGCCACAGCAACCGCCGCCGGCUCGUCGCCACCCCGCCCCGCCCAGCCCGCCUCCGCCGCCCCGCUCGCCCCAGCAACCGCCCGCAGCCCCCCCGGCGCCUGGCAGUCGCAUGCGGCAGCGCUUCGAGGCGCGGCUGCGCGCGCAGGCGGGGAAGCGGCACCCGCUCAGCGUCCGCAGCGGUCCGGAGUCGCCCCCGCCCUCGCCACCGGGGGUAGCGGCGGCUGGAACCGACAGCGGUAGCUGGCCUUCGGAGCUGUACCCUCCGCAGCCUACACCCGCUAGCGCCUCGGGGACGAGCCUGGUGUCCUUUCCCUUCGGCACUUCCGACCCGGCUGGUGCGGGUGCUGCUGGCGGCGGCAGCGGCGGUCGCAGCAGUCCCCCUGCCUCCCCCGUGGGGGCGUCUGCGGUGUGCGAGAUGGGUCUGGACCUUGACUCGGAGGCGGUCCCUGGUCCGGGAGAGGAAGCAGCGGAGCAGCUGCUGGGCAGCGGCGGCUGGGGGAAGCAGCAGCAGCAGCGGCUGCUGGCCGGGGGAGGUGGCGGAGGGGCGGAGCAGCCGCCGUCGUCCCUGCCGGGUCCCCGCCCGCAGCUGCACUGCGAGGAGCGGCUGGAGGGCGGGGAGGUGGGUCAGGAGCCCUGGUGGGGCCGCAGCAGCGGGGCUCCGCAGGCGGGGACGGAGCAGCAGCCCUGCUGGCUGGGUGCAGCGCCGCCGGGCGGCUCCGGAGCCCUGCCGCUCCCCUCCUGGCUGCUGCGUCAGCUGCUGCUGCAGGCGCAGGGCCAGCGACAAGCUGCGGCGGGGAACACUGCGGGGCUAGGCGGUGCACCGCUCCACCGCCCCGACCUUAUCAGAGGCAGUGGCGGCGACGGCGGCUACAGCCCCGGUGUGCCACUGGGCCCAGCGCCGCCGCCAGGGCUGCUGCCCGGGCAACGGCAACCGGCAACGGCAGGAGCCCAGCCGUACCGACAGCAGCUGCUGGCCAUGUCUCCGGCGGCAGCGGCGUGGGAGCUGGCGGCCAUGUCUGGUGGUGGGGCGGGGCCGUGGGGGCAGCAGAUGGCAGGCGGUGGCAGGAGCGUCAUGACCGGCUACCGGCCCCUGCCGCCCUGGAGGCAGCAGCAACAGCAGCAGCAGGGGGGAGAGCUGACCCACAUGGUGAGGUGCGGUCCGCAGCGCAACCUCCCAGGCGGCCCGGCCUGCACCAGCGGACUGCAGCCGGCCGGGAGCCGGGGAGGUCCUGCAGCAGCAGGGGCAGCGGGGGCCGGCAGCUUCGGCCAGCACCACCACCACCACCCCGCAGCAGCGGUGCUGGCCGCUGAUGACGCCCAAGAAGACCAGGAGAACCAGCCGCAAGCCGGAGCGGUCGCAAAGUCCGGGCUAUCCGUUGGUCGCAACGCGCCCGGCCCGCCCCUCGACUCCCCCAGCAGCAAGCGCCACCGCACAGCCAGCCCCCUGUCCCCCCGCGGCCCGGAGCCCCUAGCAGCGCUGCGGCCGCCCGCCCUACAGCAGCAGCAGCAGGGGCCAGCCCCGCCUGCCGCCUCCCUGCCCGCUGCCCCACCCGCCCCCGGCUGCCGCUACCUGGCCAGCCGCACUCUCACCGCGCACGACUUGCUGACAGAGCGAGUGGUGCUGCGCCUGCCGCCCGCAGCCGCCAGCUGGGCAGCAGUCGCAGCUGCCGGCGGGCGGGGUGGCUUCAGGUGCGGGCUGGAGCGAGGUGGG